GCUCAUACUGCCACACCAAGGCUGAGUACGACGAAUAUGGUCCAGGAAUCGUGCGAAGAUUUGCCCUGCUCGGAGGUCCGGGUGGUUCGUAGUUUCUUUAGCCCAAGGGGUUUGUUUAUAAGAAUUAGACGGCGAAAGGUGUCAAAAGCUGUCAUGUACGGAAAAGCGAGGCAGACAGGAAAGCAACUAUCAUGGCCCAUCAACUACGAUGAAUUCUGCUGGCAAGCUGAUGUGAUUGCAAGUGCCCCGCGGUGUCGAUGGCCGCUACUAUAUCUUUACUUUACGUACGCGGGCUCAUAGUAGCCUCUGCGUCACCCAUCAGAGGCGGCAAGCCAAGCAUCUGCCUGAUCCGGUUUAUGAACUCUAAAUAUGCGACAACUGGAUCUCGAAAUGCGGACCCGGAUUGUGUAUCGAGGAUGAGCGCUCUGAACGUCGAGAAAUACGACCACACAACUCCCCGGCGGUUGCCUUCAACUCGACCAACGUUAACAUCACCUCGUAUACAUCCGAGUAUUCUUAGUUGCCCGGAUAUCUCUGUCAAGCGUGCGCUAUGACCCGCAAAUGGAACUCGUAUAUCCCGGUCCA